AUUCAUUGACUGAUUCAGCUAUAUUUUGGAGCCUGUGGUUCAUAAGGCGCCACGUUGGGUACAGCAGGGAGGUAUCAGACAGGAAACCCCUGGACAAGGACAGCGUGGUACAAAGGGAAAAAGACCCAUAAAGGCCUGUAAUACAAUACAGGGUGGGGUUAGGGAGCUAAGUUGGUGAGAGCCUUGAAAAUGUAUUUCUCUCCAUGGAAGUCUCUCCCGAGUGCCAUCUUAGCAUGGUACUCCACAACAAUCCCGACCCUCCAAAGGAAAAUGAUUGCAUUUUCGUAAUACUUGUUUUGCAAGUUUCUCUCCAGAUAUGUGGGGAAGAUCUCAUGGAACCCAGAACGUCACAUGGGUAUCAGAGUUUGUCCUCUUGGGGUUCUCACAGAUCCAGGAGCUCCAGAAAUUCCUGUUCCUGGCAUUUCUAUUUGUCUAUGUCACCACCAUUGUGGGAAACCUCCUUACCAUGGUCACAGUGACUUUUGACUCCCGGCUCCACAUGCCCAUGUAUUUUCUGCUUCGAAAUCUGGCUGUCAUAGACCUCUGCUAUUCCACAGUCACUUCUCCAAAGAUGCUGGUGGACUUCUUCCAUGAGACCAAGACUAUCUCCUACCAGGGCUGCCUGGCCCAAAUCUUUUUCUUCCACCUCUUGGGAGGUGGGACUGUCUUCUUUCUCUCAGUGAUGGCUUACGAUCGCUACAUAGCCAUCUCCCGGCCCCUUCACUAUGUCACCAUCAUGAAUACUCGAUUGUGUGUGGGGCUGGUGCUGGCUGCCUGGGUAGGGGGCUUUGUCCACUCCAUUGUCCAGCUGGCUCUGCUGCUCCCAUUGCCUUUUUGUGGUCCCAACAUCCUAGAUAACUUUUACUGUGACGUUCCACAAGUGUUGAGACUUGCCUGCACUGACACCUCCCUCCUGGAGUUUCUUAUGAUCUCUAACAGUGGGAUGCUCGUUCUUAUCUGGUUCGUCCUCCUUCUGAUCUCUUACACUGUCAUCCUGGUGAUGCUGAGGUCCUACUCAGGGCAGGCAAGGAGGAAGGCAGCGUCUACUUGCACCACCCACAUCAUUGUGGUGUCUAUGAUCUUCAUUCCCUGUAUCUACAUCUACGCCCGGCCCUUCACCCCCUUUCCAAUGGACAAGGCUGUGUCCAUCAGCUACACAGUCAUGACCCCCAUGCUCAACCCCAUCAUCUAUACUCUGAGGAACCAGGAGAUGCAGGCAGCCAUCAAGAGGUUAGGGAGGCGCCUAGUGAUUUGUAACCGGGAGUGAACUUUUAAAUACGUUGAUUUCAAAUGACAAAUCUUCUCACUGAAUUUUUGUUUCCCCAUGGGAAACAC